AUGCUGCAAAAGCAGCAUAACGAAAGGAAAUUCGCUAUAAUCGUUGCCGCCAAAAUCGUUAGCGCUAAAGGCGGCACUUUCCGGCGCCAAUAUAAACGCCGUACCCUUACGGGAAGCCGCGCGAUUCUUUACGGGCGCGAAAUUAAACUUUGGUAA